AUGAAGACAUUCACUUCCACAUUACUUGUGUCCGUGCUGUUGGGGCAUGGCAGCGCAGCAGUUGUCGGGCGAGAGGAAGGUCUGCCAGUUAAUUCUAGCUCUUACGAUUUUAUAGUUAUUGGAGGCGGAACUGCAGGUCUCGCGGUUGCUUCGCGCAUCAGUCUUGGCCUUCCAGACCUCAGCGUCCUCGUCAUAGAAGCUGGACCCGAUGGCCGCCAGGAACCUGGAAUCUCCGUGCCGGGAAGAAAAGGCUCAACACUCGGAGGCAAAUACGAUUGGAACUUGACCACCAUUGCACAACCCAGUGCCAACAACCGCGUCUUCGCGCAAAACCGUGGCAAGGUCCUCGGAGGUAGCUCUGCGCUCAAUCUUAUGACGUGGGACAGGACUUCCAAAUUCGAACUCGAUGCCUGGGAAAAGCAGCUCGGUAACAAAGGAUGGAACUGGAAGAGUCUUUAUGCGGCAAUGUUGAAGUGUGAGACUUUCCUCCCGUCGCCCGCAUAUGGCACCGAAGGAGUCGGUAUAACUGGACCUAUUCGCACACUCAUCAACAGAAUCUUCCCGCGACAUCAAUCGACAUGGUAUCCUACGAUGAAUGCUCUCGGCUUGACGACAAACCGAGAAAGUCUGAAUGGCAACCCCAUCGGCGUCUCGACUCAACCCAGCAAUGUCAGCCCGAACUACACUCGCUCCUAUGCCCCAGAGUAUCUCAAACUCGCCAAAGACAACCUGAUCUUGAAGCUAGACACCCGUGUGGCUAAGAUCGACUUCAAAGGAACAACUGCCACAGGAGUCACCCUCGAAGAUGGUACUACAAUCACCGCGCGGCGGGAAAUCAUUCUCUCAGCUGGCUCCUUCCAAACCCCCGGUCUUCUCGAACUCUCCGGUGUCGGAAAUGCAUCACUCCUUGAGAAACUUAGCAUCCCCGUUGUCAAGCACUUGCCAUACGUGGGCGAAAACCUCCAAGACCACAUCCGCAUCCAAGUCUCCUAUCAAUUGAAACCCGAAUACCCUUCCUUCGAUGUCCUCAAGAACGCCACCCGUGCGGCUGCCGAGCUAGCGUUGUAUAACGCAGACCGCGAGUCACUCUACGACUACACAGCCAGCGGCUAUGCAUACUUCCCCUGGGGUACUGUCAGCAACGAAACGGCCUCUCAGCUCCGUACCCUCGUCGACAACGACAAGAGCUUGGUUUCCGCAACCGACAGAUUGAAGAAGACAUACUUCUCCCCAGCUUUGAGCACCAAAGUACCCCAACUAGAAGUCAUCUUCUCAGACGGCUACACUGGCCUCAAAGGCUAUCCUGCUGCCAACUCCUCUCAGUUCGGCAUCGGCACUUUUGCACUGAUUGGUGUUGUGCAACACCCUCUCAGCAAGGGCAAUGUUCACAUCAGCUCUCGAAACGUGAGCGAUAAGCCUCUUAUCAACCCUAACUACCUAUCCCAUCCCUACGAUCUUGCAGCUGCUACGAAUCUCGCCAAAUAUCUGCGUAAGAUCGCCUCUACGAAGCCCAUGAGCGAGGUCUGGACCGAAGAGUAUGAGCCGGGCAAUGCAGUCCAAACUGAUGAGGACUGGCGAAAGUAUGCGCUUGCGAACACGUUGAGUAUCUAUCAUCCUAUUGGUACUGCUGCGUUGCUUCCGGAAAAGGCUGGCGGUGUUGUGGAUUCAGAGCUGAAGGUCUACGGUACCAGUGGGUUGAGGGUAGUGGAUGCGAGCAUUAUUCCUCUUUUGCCGAGCGCCCAUCUUCAGACGCUUGUGUACGGAAUCGCUGAGAAGGCGGCAGAGAUGAUUAUUGGUGAGCAUAGAUAG